AUGGCUGAACUCUCAAAGGAGUAUCCCGUCGCUGACGUGGACGAUGCUGCUGGCUUCAUGGCCUUUGCUCGAGCUCUUAGAGAGAAGCAGGCUCGUGAGGCUGCGGCUGCGGCCAAAACUCAGCCUGAUCAGGAGGCUUCCGGUCAGCAGAACCGAUUUGCCAAUGCUUCCGAUGACUUUGGCGGACAGUCUUCUGUUGAUGCCAAUGGAUCUGCGCCUAUGUCUGCUUCCAACGACGUGUGGCUCUCUGGAGACUCCCCCUCGCGUAACGAUGACGGCUUUGGUGACCUUGAAAACAACAACAACGACAACGCGUCUCUGAUGCCUGGCAUCGGCGAAGAUGCUGAAACUCCCAAGGCCUCCGCUUCCGGCUUCCGCGGCGAUGCUGCUGAGUUCAUCUCGCAGGAAGCUCCUGUUGCAGCUUCUCAGAAUGCUGUCUCUGCUACCAAGACCUCUGACCAUGCUGUCGUUGAAGAGGAUCGUGAGAAUCUUGCUACCUUCAAGACCUGGGGUACUCCUGUCGCGCGUGACAAGCCAGCGGCUCAAGUUAGACGUGUCAUCAUCGAGGGACUUCCUUCUGCUUGGAGCUCUCCUGCCAAGGUUCUGUCGCUUAUUCAUGGUGGCAUGGUUGAGAGCAUCCACAUUACUCCUGCCGGCAACCAAGCCCACGUCCUUUUCUGCGACCACGAGGCCUGCAAGGCUUUCUAUGACAAGUACCCCAACGGCAUUGACCUUGACAAGGAGAAGAGAAAGACCGUCUUCGUGGAGAUGGGCAAUGAAGUUGAUGUCAUCAGCUCUCAGCUUUCUUUCAAUCUCUCCAUUGGCAGCACCCGUGUUGUCCGCGCCGUUGGUGUCAGCAUGAACAUCAACAUGGGCGAGCUUCUCAAGUUAGCCAGUGCCAACAAUCGCAAGGUGGAGAAGAUCGUGGACUCCUGCGUCCCUGGCGAGCCACGCAAUGUUGUCUUCCGUUUCUGCAGUAUCGAUGAUGCUGUCAAAUUCCGCGCUGCCAUCCUUCGUGAUGCUGAUUGGGAACAUUGCAACAUCCAGCACGCAGCGGACCCAUGCGAGCUCGCUACCGGAUUCCAUGCCGAUUGA